AUGGACGAGUUUGAAUCAUUCUUCUCACAACUCAUCCCGCCACCUGAGCAGGACUUGUGGUUGAUGACACCUCAAGACUUCAAUCCAUUGACAUGGUCACAGCCUCCAUCAUUGAACUCAUCUCAGAAUCAACUGUUGGGUAAUAUAAUUGGCAAUCAACAACAACAACAACAACAACAACAACAACAACAUCAGCAACAACAGCAACAACAACAACAGUUACAACAGCAGCAACAACAACAACAUGAUCAACAAGUAGAUCUACUUAACUCAUCACUUCAAAAGAGUUUCGCAAUGAGUCCAAAUGCCAACCCACAGCAACAACAACAACAACAACCUGGUGGCACUGAUAUGUUAUCACUCAAUGUACCAGUCAAGGUCGAAGGACAACAGGGACAAUCACCACAAUGUAUCGAUGAACUACAAAGACAACAUCAUCAGUUUGUUCAGUUCCAACAGGACUACUUACUUAAACAACAGCAACAACUUCAACAACUUUCACAGUCGGAUCAACACUUGUCCACAGCAAUACCAUCACCACAAGAUCUACUCAGCCAUCUAACGCCACAACAACAGCAGCAACAUAUAUCAUCAUUCGUACCGUCUCCAAUCAAUGUAAUGUCUCCACAGCCGUCUCUACAACAUCAACAACUACAACAGCAACAACAAUCCCAGUCACAACAGCAGCAGCCACCACAACAACAGUUCAGACAGCAGUUCCAACAACACCUUCAACAACAUGAGCUGCAGUUCCAGCAACAGAUGCAGCAGCAGAUGCAACAGCAACAACAAAUACAUAUGCAAAUGCAGCAGAUGCAACAGCAGAGGGGAGGCAGUGGCAGCGGCAAGACAAAGAAGAAGGGAAAGAAGUAUGAGGACGACGAGGAUGACGAUGACAGCAGCAAUCUAUUCUUCAACGAGUUUGGCUGCUUUGACGACGACAAGAACCCUGGCAUGCGCGUCAAUCAGAACCUUGCCAGCAGGAACUACCGACAGCGAAGAAAGGACUAUAUCAAAGAGAUCGAGGCCAAGCUUGCCUCACUCACCUUUGAGAACCUCCAGCUCAAGCGUGAGAAUGAGACACUUAAGGAAACUGGCGGCGUUGAUGUGAUGAGACCUGAGCCCGAGCUACUUGCCAUGUUGAUGGAGGGCAAGCAGAUCAUCAUCCAGAUGAGCCAGGCUAUAAAGAAGAAUGACGAGAGGACGCUGGUGUACCUGCUACAUCUCUUCCACACGGCAAUUGGCAAGCGUUACGCCAUUGCCGAGAAGGAGGUAGAGAAGAUCGUCCACCCCUACACGCAAUCAAAGCUGGCAUCGAUGGGCUACGUGCCCAAGGGCGACCGUCCACUGUUCAACAUCAGUGGAAGUGCAGCCGACGGCUGGUUCGCGCUGUUCAAGAGCGAGGCCAACAUCAGCGAGGAGCAAAACGUAAAGCUGGAGGCACUGCGACAGGACCACGACAAGCAAGAGCAGGUGCUGCGCAUCGAGCGCGAGCAGCUGGACAAGGAGAUCAAGAACUUCUACUACACCAAGAUCCUGGUGCUGCCCGACACAAGCGAAUGCUGCAGCAACUCAGAGUUCAACACACCCACGAUGUCUGGCAUGGCGGCCACUGUGACGCUCCCACAGCCAGCCGAGCCACACAUUGUCAACAGUUCUCCUCUGGAGAUCAGCCAGAUACUGGACUUUGCCAGGAAGCUCGACAUGUUGAAGAAGAACUUUAUAUGCUCACGAAACCUAUCAUCGGACACCAUCUCUGGUCUGAGCAACAUCCUUACACCACGUCAAGAGGCCAUGCUACUCGUCCGUAUACAUCUCAACACCACGUACGACUUUGCACAUAUGGAGCUGCUCAAGGAUGUGUGGACCAACAUUGCCAAUCAGAACAAGUCUACGGCGCCCAAGAACAUUGCUGAGGCUUUGGCCAAGUUCUCGGCGUCCGAGGCAGCCAACGUCAUGCCAACCGUUGAGCAGAUUGUCAAGCCACCUCAAUUCCAUCAGUACAAUCCAAAUCAGGUCAAGAAGGAGCGCGCUUCAAACUCGGACAAGAAGAAGAAGGCGGCAGCCGCUGGAGGUGGUUCGGCUGGAAGGAGUAGUGCCAAGUCAAAGGCGACCAACAACACAUCAUCAUCAAACACUAUCAUCAUCAACACUUCCAACAACAUCACCAACAAUAGCAAUACCAACAGCGGCUGUGGAAGUCUAGGGAAAGAGACAUCGUCCAAGAGUCCACCCGACCCAGUCUUCCAACCACCACCCCCUGAAGCCAUACCAUAUACAAGUUCGAACUCCAAGCAGUACCAAUGGUAUGUCUAUCCGAGUCCCCAGUAG